GCAGUUCUUCUCAGUCCAUUUGUUCCAUUUUUCCAUUGGGUUAACCAAUCAAAUGGCUUGUUCCGAGUUUCCAUUGGGUUAACCAAUCAAAUGGCUGUAUCAACCGGUGGCCGGUUUUGUUCCAUGCCCGAGCGAUCCGCCAUUGCUCCACAUUGCUCUGAGAGAUCUGAGAGGUAAGAAGUAACUAUCUUUUAUACUUUUUAUUUGUAAACUUACAAAAAUUUAAAGCAUUACAGCUCGUUUAGCGGGAUUAAGACGGUACAGGACUUUGUUUUUACCUUAAUGUUGUGAAAUGUUAACAUUGUUUUAGCUAGCUAGCGUGCUGCUGCAUUAGCUACUGCUAACCAAUAUGUGCUUGUAUUUACGUAAUUUUUUAAAUGAACACCAUCCUGGUUGCAUUAAAAACCACAUGUAAGUAUUUAUUCAACCAUGUUGUUCAUCAUCACGAUCGUGCAUGUUUGUGCUCUGAUUAGUUUUAGCUUCACUUAUAGAAAAUCCAGCCAAUAACUGGGUUUGCUAAUUAGCUUUUGGCUAGUAGAAAAUGUGAGUGUUUGUUUCUCAUGUUGUUUAUUUCACAUAAGACAGGACAGCACGUCAUGUAAACUAAUAAUAACAUUAAUGAAAAAUAAGAUAAUCUGUUACUGAUCAGCAGUUGCUAAGGUUUGGUAUGAACUGUAAACCUGGUUUUUCUGCAGCUUCUCAUCCAGUCGUUUCCUCCUUUAUUUAGAUGGAACAUCCAAAUUUUAAAAAGGCUCACAAUGGGACCCUGAUCCUCAGGGCCUCAGAUGAGGCAAAGGCCGUGGGACCCCAGAGGCAGGGGUACAGGGCCAAGCAGCCAGAGGAGGUGGAGGCGGAUGCAAGGGCCCACGUCACCAGCGAGGGUGGUGAUGUCAACAACGCCACCCUCGUGCUGAGCCGGUGGAAGGUCCAGUUUGGGACCUACCAGGGCAAGACUUUCCACUGGCUCCUGCAGAAUGACGUGGGCUAUGCCGUGAUGCUGGUGGCUUCUCACCAGAAGGAGCGAGAGAGGACAGGCUCUCAGUCCCCUCUGAUGGCCAACAAGGUGGGAUCUCUCAGGUCCCCUCCUCUGUGCAUAACAGAGUUUGAUCAUUCUAACCUUCACUUUGUGAACACACAGGACGCCUUCACCCGUUACUCCUUGGCGUACCCGGAGUUUGCUGAGGCGGUGCGGUUCCGGCAGGCGUUUGAGGAGGCGCGGGUGAAGUCCCUCCAGCCUGGUCAGGAGGGACAGGCCCUUGUUGGCUUUGGGGACUUCAAGUUUGAGAGCCUGCAGAGCCUGUACGACUCCAAGGACCCCAAAACGAUCCGGUUUGUCAACUACCUAAGGAGGAUGACGCCAGCUCCAGGCUCGCAGAUGGAGAACGCCGUCCGCUACGUGAAGAAGAGGGACAGACAGAGGGAGGGCGCUACUGCUGCAUCUGCCGCUGCCACCAGCACCACCUCCACCCCAGUGGCUGCCUCCGCCUCCAGCAGCAGCAGAGUGUCUGUCUGUCCUUCUUACCAGAGGCCGAAGGCUGCUUCUCAAUUUGCAGCCUUUGUGUCUGGGCGGCGUUCUCUGUCUGCGGUGGAAAUGCAGGCAAAACUAAAAAAGAUGGUGGCCCCUAAGCCUGCAUUUCCAUCCUCCUCAAGACCAGCUCGUCCACCCACAGCAUCUGGGGAGCCCAGUGAUGAAGAGCUGGUCCAGGCGGUAGUUGACCAAGGGCAACCUUCUGGAGUACAGGCACCUCUCCCGCUCCCUCCUCCUCCUCCUUCUCCGCCGCCUCCUGUGGCUGCAAAAAAAACGUCUGCGGGACGGGAGGAACCCACAGACGAGGAACUCCUGGAGGCCGCACAAGAAACUCCAGCGCUCCCUGCUGCAGUCCUCCCUCCCCCACCUCCUGCUGCCAGCUCUAAGGUGAGGCAUCAGACAUUAAUUCAAUUCAAAGAAACUUCAUUAAUUCCAGAGGGAAAUUAGUUUCAGUACACAAUUCUGAGA